UUUGUUUUUUGGUUCUAUUCUGAUCAUAGGGUUCGUGAUCCCGGAAUUGGAUUCUCGUGUAUCUUUGUUCCCUUUGUUUGAUCCCACCCAUUCCACUAAAGCUUCAAUAUUUAAUUAUUUUUCUUCUUGAUUGGUUUGCGUGUUUGUUUCGUUGGAGUAGUAGGGGCCUUUGAAUUUGUUACCCUUUGUAUUUCGUGUUUUAUUUUUGUUCGUUUUUUUUUUUCUAAUGAAUAUGGGUUCUCAAUUCUGAUAGUAUGGCUUACCUUGUGUGUUUCGCUGUGUGGGGGUGGUGGUACUUGUGAAAAAGGUGUAUUUUGGGAACUCCCCAUAUGUCAAGCGGAUCCGUGAGACGGGUCUCCCGUCAAGAUAUUCAGCUUGUUCAAAAUCUAAUUGAACGAUGCUUACAACUAUAUAUGAGCCAGAAAGAAGUAGUGGACACACUACUAAAGCAAGCCAAAAUAGAGCCUGGUUUCACAGAAUUGGUUUGGCAAAAGCUUGAAGAAGAGAACCAAGAGUUUUUCCAGGCCUAUUAUUUAAGGUUGAUGUUGAAGCAGCAAAUCAUGCAGUUCAACAGGUUGUUGGAGCAACAGGUGGAAUUAAUGCAUAUUUCCCCAACUGUUGUUGCAUCUCUACCUACCUCAAAUGGGACACAUAUCCCCACAGUGGCAUCACUACCUGUGUCUAAUGGGUCACAUGUCACUGCUGUUUCAUCACUAUCUACCUCUAAUGGUUCACAUAUCCCUGCAAUGCCUCAGAAUCCCACUUGUUACGCUGCGGAGCGAGCCCAAGCAGGUUUGAAGCUGGAAAAUAUGCAACAUCCAGUUGAUUCUGGUUUAUCUAAUGUUUUUAAUAAUGGUGGAUCAACACUCCAUCCAAGUAUGCAUGCUGCAGUUAAUAUGUCUGCCCCUGGCAAUAGGAUAAAUGGUCCUCCAAGCAUGAUUUCUGCUCAAUCCUCUAACAUGGGGUCGAUACAAGGAAUUAAUGGAGGGAUGAUCAAAUCCGAACCUGGAUAUUCAGGUUGUUCUGCUUACAUGUUUGGCACUGAGGGAAGUGUCCUGGAUGCACGCCCGACUAUUGGUGAUGCUUCGGUUACAUCAUUCCCCAAUGUCGAAUCCAACUCACAACCUCUAAAUGAGGCAGUCCUGGAUCCAGAAACUUCUUCAUAUGGAUUUUUAGGGCUGAUUCCUAGAAAUUUUAGCCUUUCAGACCUGACUGCACAUUUUUCUCAGAGUUCUGAUAUACUGGAGAGCUAUCCUAGGUCACCCUUCCUUGCUGCUGAUAAUGAGAACUUCCUUGAAAGAGGAGAACAAGUAGACAAUAACAGGCUGGAUUCCAUAUCAGAAGGCUUGAGUUAUGAAGUUGAAGAUUUUGGAAGUGAAUAAUAGACAACACAAUACUUUGAGAUGUUGUUCACUUCCCUUUAAAGGGAUCAAGUUAUGUCAUGAAGUGAAACUGAAUCAAGAUGUGCUAUUUAAGUUACCAUUUUGGCCAUACAACUCAUAAUUGUUUAUGUUGCCUGCAGGUUGAACAGACUCCAUAGAUUAAUGUUUAUUGUACAUAAAAGAUUUAGAGGUUUUGAAA